AAAGUUAACGAGAUCCGAAGCGACAUACCCUUUUAUGCCAUUAGGGAACUUGGCAAGGUGUCGCUUGUAACCUGAUACCGAUCCGAGUAUCACCCUGUUACCGGAUGGUCAAGUACCGCUAGUUUGAUCGUCACCCCAGAGUUACAGACUCCGGGUAAUGUUUCAGUUACGACUAUGGAGCUGUGAGGAUGAUUCAUCUCAAAUGCCGAUUGAGUUGCAAUAUUCAAACAGAAUCCGAUAUCGUUGCCAGGCUACAGCUCUAUUUAUGUGUACGCUUCUUCAAAGUUCCGAGCAGAUCUACGUUUGACUCCCUUGGCAGAACAUCUCAAACACGUCUCGGAACCGUCUCGAGUUCUGCAACCCCAUAAACACUUACGCAAGCUCAUAGCAAUGAGAAGAUGUAUGCUGUUGUAUAAGUAGUCGUGUCCUUUCUCGUCAAGUGAAGAAGUCCUCAUGCUGUGCAUCCCACAUUAGUCGUUGUUUACCACUCUUCACUACUCUCUUUCAAGUUUCUUCUCGUCGCAGGCCGACAUAUUAAUUAUUGUUCCCACCAAAGCCCAUUUGCAACUCAUAUCAGUCAAGAUGCGUUUCUCUAUCUUCACCUUGGUCGCCCUUGUCUCGGCUUCUUCAGCUUCACUUGUCCGCCGAGUCGAUGUCAAUGUUCCGGCCAUGACAAACGCAGAUGGAGUCGUUGUGCCAUUCGACACAGCCGGCGUCGUCCAGCCAGCUAAGAAGCGAGAUCUCGAGCAGAAGAAGAGAGACCUCGCCCAGAGGAAGCGAGACAUCUCUCGCAAGAGGCGCGCGGUUUCUCAGGAGAAGCAGAAGCAGCAGCAGAAGCAAUAAUCAGAGAAACUGCAGAGUUGGAACCCAUAAUGAAGUCACUGACGGAUGCCUCUUUGAAGCAGAAGCCCAGGGGCUGAGGAAACAGACAAAAGACAACAAUAAUUGUAGUGCUUGGACUUGGCUUGUACAGAAUAGGAGAUAAGGUGCGAGAGCUGGGAGCACCGCUCACGUCAUAAGGCUGGGCCUUUUGUGGAAUCAUAAUCAUAAUCAUCAUCAUGGUCCUCUUUUGGAGUGCAUGUUCUUUGAUGCAGUCAUCCCGAAAGGGUUCUGCCUAGCCAGCGUUGACAUUCGAGCCUGAUCACUAACAAAAGGAUCCUUCCC